GACUGCAAAUAACAGUCAACAUGCCUAUUCACCAGCUCGUUUGUGCUUGAUGACAGACGGACGACACAACAACCGGUCUGCUUCAAACUGUGGAUUGGAAAGUUUUGUGCUUUGACGUUGUGUGCGUAGGUUUGUGGGCCCUGCCCUUUGUAAAGGAUGAACGUGCCUCCGCAAGGACAAGUGGCCAUGCAGCAGGGUCCGCAGUCCCAGCAGCAGCAGCAACAGCAACAACAGCAGCAGCCUCAACCUAACCAGCAGCAGCAGCAACCUUCCAGCCAGCCUCAACAGAACCCUCAGCAGCAAGCUGCUCAGCAGUCCCAGCAAAGUCAGCAACAGCCAGGACAGACCGGGCCGGGCAGUCAACAGCAGCAGCCGGGCACUCCAGGGUCCCAAGCGCAGCAGCUCCAGCAGCAGCAACAACAACAGACGCAAGAAAAACUGGACAACAUAUCCAAAGUCAAGUCGCUCAUCGGACCGCUUAAAGAGCACCUAGCUGUUGCACUAAAAAGUGCUGCACAUCUUCUCCAUUAUAAUACAACUGUAGACAAUGGCGCAUCGAAAGGUUUAGAUAUGGUUCCUCGCUUAGAUGUAAGCCUAGAGGCUUUCUACAGUACUUGUGACCAAAUUGAACUACACCUUAAAACUGCCAUCGAGUGUUUGACCCAAGGAGCUAGCAGUCAACGGUAUUUACCCCUUAAUGUUUUGCCCACCAGGACAGAGCCUUUGCCAGGUCAAGAUGGUCUCCUUUAUCCUCAAUAUCUAGCUACUGUUCGGGCACAAGUCCAAUUUGCCAAACAAGUACAUGAUACAUUGAUGGUGGCUGUACAAAGUUUAAAUGCUAUGGAAUGAACUUAUGUUAAAAAUAUUCCUAGGUUUAUUAGUAUGGGAGGAAUGACUGAUAUUUAAUGUUAUGCUCUUAGUCCUGUGCACUCUGAGGCAGAGAAUUUGAAUGUCAUCUAUUACAUCAUAUGAUACUUACAUGCAAUUCACUGUAGUGUCAAACUUACUGUGUUUCUGUGAUAAUAGGAUGUAGUUGGUGAUAAGAGCUAACCCGCUAAAAUGGAGGUAUGAAAUAUGACCACACAAUAGGUUUAACUAUAUAUUUACAGGAACAAAUAUUUUAUCACAGGAGAAUGUUAACACUGACAAAUCAUUGAGGCAAGAUAGUUCUAAUAUAUUUGAUUGUGUGAAAUGCUUUGGUGAUCAAUUCAAUGGAACUUAUCAGGUAAAUAAGCACAAAUAUAAAAAUAGUUCAUCAUCUAACUCUGUUACAUCAUUUCCUGUUUAACUGGCCAGAUCACCUUAAAUAAUAACCCAGCCUUGUACUAAAUUUAAAAGAAACAGUGUCAAAUACGUCAUAAUUAUAAAAAUGAUGUGGUCAUCAAAUGCAAAUGCAGCAUUAAAACACAGGGGUUUCAAUCUUUCCUAAAUAGAGAUCAGAAUGACCUAACAUGAUUCAAAAAAAA